CCUACCGAGGGGCUGGAGAUGGCCAGACUGACGGAGAGAGAAGCGAGGAGGCAGCAGCAGCAUCUCCCGCAGCAGCAGCAGCCCCGAGCCUGCCCCAUGAGCGGCCCCGAGCCCCUUGCUCAACAGCCGGACAGCAUGAAGGACCUGGACGCCAUCAAACUGUUCGUGGGGCAGAUCCCUCGCAACCUGGAGGAGAAAGACCUGAAGCCUCUGUUCGAACAGUUCGGCAAGAUCUACGAACUCACCGUGCUCAAAGACCGCUACACGGGCAUGCACAAGGGCUGUGCCUUCCUUACAUACUGUGCCAGAGACUCUGCGAUCAAAGCCCAAACAGCCCUACACGAGCAGAAGACACUUCCAGGGAUGGCACGUCCCAUCCAGGUGAAGCCAGCAGACAGCGAAAGCCGAGGGGGUGAUCGCAAACUUUUUGUGGGAAUGCUAAGCAAACAACAGUCUGAAGAGGAGGUGACCAGCAUGUUUCAAGCAUUUGGUUCCAUUGAGGAAUGUUCUGUUCUCAGGGGACCUGAUGGGAGCAGCAAAGGCUGUGCAUUUGUCAAGUUCUCAUCUCAUGCAGAGGCUCAGGCGGCAAUACAUGCUUUACAUGGGAGUCAGACAAUGCCGGGAGCCUCGUCCAGUCUAGUGGUCAAGUUCGCAGACACUGACAAGGAAAGAACAUUGCGUCGCAUGCAGCAGAUGGUUGGACAACUCGGAAUCUUUACUCCAUCCUUGGCGCUACCAAUUAGCCCAUAUAGUGCUUACGCACAGGCGCUGAUGCAGCAGCAGACAACAGUUCUCUCCACUUCACAUGGUAGUUACUUAAGUCCUGGCGUGGCAUUUCCUCAAUGUCACAUUCAGCAGAUAGGAGCUGUCAACCUGAAUGGGCUGCCUGCCACACCCAUCACUCCAGCAUCUGGACUGCACUCUCCACCUGUCAUUGGCACAGCAGCUGUACCAGGCCUUGUCACUCCAUUAACCAAUGGGUUUCCAGGUCUUGUACCAUUUCCCAGUAGCCAUCCAGCCCUGGACACAAUAUACACUAAUAGCAUUGUGCCGUAUCCAGCCCAAAGUCCUGCACUGACGGUGGAGAGCCUACAUCCUUCUUUCCCAGGGGUCCAGCAGUACUCAGCUAUUUAUCCCACCGCAGCACUCACUCCUGUGACACAUAGCACCCCGCAGCCUCCACCCAUUCUGCAGCAAAGGGAAGGGCCAGAGGGCUGCAACCUAUUCAUCUACCACCUACCCCAGGAGUUUGGUGAUAAUGAGUUGACACAAAUGUUUCUGCCUUUUGGAAACAUUAUAUCCUCCAAGGUGUUCAUGGACAGAGCGACUAACCAGAGCAAGUGUUUUGGUUUUGUUAGUUUUGAUAACCCAUCCAGUGCACAGACAGCUAUCCAGGCCAUGAAUGGCUUCCAGAUAGGAAUGAAGAGGCUGAAAGUUCAGUUAAAGCGACCCAAGGACACAACUCAACCAUACUGACCAAGAGCGGCCCUUGGGUCCAAGGAGCCAAUCCCAGGAAUACAGGUACACAAAGGACCUUUAACACCCAAAUCCUGCACUCGAGGAUUGUGGGUAAAAGACUUCUUUUUUCACUAAACACUCCCUUCCACCCCUCCUGAACCUUAGUACCUUUUGUCCCAACCUACCCCCAGGACCAAAUGGUGGCAAUGGGGAGAAGCAGGAAGAACCAAGCUACCUAAACACAAGGUUAUGUCUUGUGAGUGUUCUGUGUCUGUCUUCUGAAAUUCCCAGGGGUGGCCACCAGUAAUGGAACGGACUAUCACCUACCAGCCUCCCACAAGUGACCAAAGGGGGGAAGGGUAGGGCAGGUCUCUUGUCAGUGACCCUCAAGGCUGGAAAAUCUGCACCCCUUCCCUCCAUCAGAGUGGCUACAGCUUUGCAAUGCGAAGAACUAUCUGUUUCUUUAUUUAUAUGAACAUAUUUAUUUAUUUGGGAGGCCUGUACAACCUCAAACACUCCCGUCUGCUCCCAAAGGAGUAGAGCACAGGUGGAUGAUGGGUAAAUCAUCUUUAGAUUUUUUGUCUCUAGUAGAUUUUCUGUUUUGCGGAGGACAGGGUGUUCUGGGUGUGUAGGAGUGGAAUAAUGCAAAGUUCAAUUAUACAAAGUGCCCAACAUCCAAGGGUGAAUCUCCAUUUCUGCUGCUCUUACACCUGGGCUCAGAUAAAGGGCUGGACAUUUUCAUCUGCUCUAAAUUCCUGCUCCGCAUGUUUCUUAUUUGGGGAAGAAUUGGUAACCUGGUUUUAAUGUACCGCCAUUAUGUAGUGUGAAAGUGGUUCUGCUAACCACACCUCUCUCCUGCUUGAAUGAUUAAGAGGCUGGCUGGCCUCUUGUCCGUUACUAGGAAGAGGGUGUGGAUGUUUCACUAACAAUGCACUGCACUAUGAGUGGUAUGGAGGAUCUAUAUAUGCCACCUUAAGCUAUUUCAGAAAUUUAGCAUGGGCUUCUGUAUGGAAA